AUGCCGAGGAUGGGACUCGUGGCGUUCAAGACUCGAGAUGAGCCUGUGAAUUUCGGCUCAUUGAUUCACAAUGAUGUGAUUCUUUACGUGGGGGAAGGAAACUCUCAUGUAAAAUAUUACAUCAUCUUGUCUGUCGUCGUGUUCAUCUCCAUCUUAUUUUUGUUGCUCCGCAUCGAACUCCAGUCGAGGCUCAACCGUGGCGCGCCCCCACUAGCAAUCCAGAGAUUCCUCUUUGGCUGGGUGAUACGGAGCCAUCAACGAAGAGCAGGCUUAGCACCGCAAGACGGUCAACCAGGCUCAUAUAAUAUGGGAGACGUGGCUCCCGGGCCAGCGAACGACUCUGUUAGGUAUGCUGCAUACCCGGACCAUGCAGAUGGAGGCGAUAAGCUACACACCGUGCAGGAGCCCACCAAGCGGGUGGGCGAGGAGAGUGUUUUGCCGGUCACUGAGUUCCAAGAUGCCAAUGGGCCGGGGGAGGUUUUGACGCUUGAGCAGAUUGAGAAAAGGAAGUAA